UGUGAACGGCUCUUCCACACGAGCGCAUCCCUCGCACGCCUCCUUCUUUCCUUUUUUUCUGGUCGUCUUCUAAUUUCUACUCCCGUCCGCUCUUCGUCUUUGAGAGCGAGAGAGAGAGAGAUGAAAGAGGAGAGAAGGAAACUGCUUGGAGAGAGAUGGGUGUUGUGAGAAAUGCUGUCGAAGAAGGAGAAGGAGAAGGAGGUGAAAGAGGGAAGAAGAUGGAGUGGGAGCAGCAGCAGCAGCAGCAGCAACAAGAACAGCAGCAAGGACAGCAGCAACAAGAACAGCAGCAGAAUGGGGUAAUGUACGUGAAGGUAAUGACAGAUGAGCAGAUGGAACUUCUUCGCAGGCAAAUCUCUGUCUACGCUACCAUCUGCGAACAGCUUGUCGAGAUGCACAAGGCUGUUACUGCCCAACAAGACUCUCUCUCAGGAAUGAGACUGGGAAAUAUAUACUGUGAUCCAUUGAUGACAUCUGGCGGCCACAAGAUUACUGCAAGACAGCGGUGGACCCCAACUCCCGUGCAGCUCCAAAUUCUCGAGAGUAUCUUUGAGCAAGGCAAUGGGACUCCCAGCAAGCAGAGAAUAAAAGAGAUAACUUCUGAACUUUCCCAACAUGGCCAGAUUUCCGAAACGAAUGUUUAUAACUGGUUCCAGAACAGACGGGCUCGUUCAAAAAGAAAGCAACUGCAACCGUUACCGAAUAGUGCAGAAUCUGAAGUGGAGACAGAAACCGACUCCCCAAAGGAAAAGAAAGCCAAGGCUGAGAACAUUCUCUCCCUUGAAAAAUCAGCUCCGAGGGCGGAUGACCUGUGCUUUCAGGGUUCUGAAAUAGGUUCUGAGGUGCAUUCCUUAGAUCCACAACCCAGUAAAGCACAGGGUGCCUUUCCUUUGAAUGACAGUUCAAAGUCUUCUGGCAGUUUAGGCCGCGUAUCUUUCUAUGAGAAUGUACUAUCGAAUCCAAGAAUUGAUCACCACCUGAUUGGGAAGAUGGAAGUCCCAGGCAACUAUAGUCCUUUUCGGACUGGAGAAGGCUUUGAUAUGAUUGGGUGAUUUUCCCCAAAUUGGCGUCAUUUUAUUACAUGUGACUUCAUGGUGAUGAGCUGAUUACAUAUUGAUAUUAACGGAGUAAAGAACAUCUGAGCAGAAACAUAUGGGCCACAUAACAUAGUGCAUGUUUACAAUUGUAUACGGAAAGUUAGAUUUAGCAGGACUCUUGUGAAGAGUUUUUGAGUAUUUCAUGAUGGUAUGAUCCUUCAGAUCUGAUCUAUAGGAUCCGCUUCCAAUGAACUAGGAUCAUUGGAAUUUAAGUUUACAAGUUACUUGAAAAUAGACAGUCUCUAUUCUGCCGGGACGAGCUAGUUCACGAGCGGUUAUGAUUGAGCGGUUUUUCUUUGUUUGGCUGGUGUAAAUGAGUAGGUAUCCAAGUGUUUUGGACCUUGGGUUUUGUGGUUGAUUUGAAUUCUAAUCAUGUGGCGUGGAGUUUCAGGCCCCUACCGAAGUUGCAGUUUGAGAUCAAUACAGUUAUGGUUUUCUGAAAGAAUGUGACUCCUUGUGUUGCUUCUCUGUAAGUCUAUGCUUCGCUCUUUUUUUUGUUGAUGAAUCCUAAAUCUUGGAUAUUUGUUUUCAGUGUAUUUCUAUGUUUCUCAAUAUUGAGUGUGUUAUUUUUCAAGGAGCAAAAGAAAGAAAAAAGGAAAACAACGA